AUUACAUGCCACUUUGAUAACAAAAGCUUUACUACGUUUAACGCAACAAAAACCAAGCCUUUGCUCAUAUGAUCGGUGCCUGGCCCCAAUAGAAUAAGUUAACUGAUAAGAUUCUCGCCCGUAAGUUAUAGUGUGGAAAGAGCAGAAAAAUGUGGCUUUUGUCUCUCGUGUGCGCUUUAUUUAUGCUAAAUGCAUAUUGUAAUGCAGUUGAUUGCCCGAUAACUGACCCCGCCAUUGCGCAUAGAUGUGUGUGUACGAUUACAACUAUCGAUUGUCAAGGUCAUAAUCUUGGAACAAUUCCGCCAUUCAAAGCUGGAGGAAGUUUUCGUGUCCUUAAACUAGGGAACAACUCCUUAAAGGCGAUCCCUGACAACGCAUUUGCUACUCUGAAUGUGUCCGAAAUCGACUUGUCUAACAAUGAAAUAAGCCUCAUCGGUUUUAAUGCGUUUGCCGGGGUAUCAAGCUCCUUGACGAUACUCUCCCUCGCGCAUAACAAUCUGGCGGAACUUCCGAAUGCAGUUGGGGGUCUAAACAAACUUCAGUCACUUGAUGUCACAUGGAAUCCUAUUCCGGGUUUUAAGCCAGGUUCACAUCACCAUCACGGAACAGAUGGGCUUACGGAUGCCGUGAUGAGACAAAUCGGCGAUUCAAUUACAACAUUUAAGUUUGGUGCCCCGACAAUGAACUCGUGGCCGGGAUCACUUGACCAUUUGAGUCAGCUAAAAGAACUAACAAUAGCAGGCAUUAACUUACCGUACUGGCCGGCUCAAGGCUUUCACGGUUUUGAGCACACAUUGGAAAAACUGACCAUCGAGUACGCCUCCUUAGAUGCUGUUCCGUUAGGUAUUUCUAUGCUUACUCGUUUAAAGUCUCUUCAUCUAGAUCACUUGAAUGUUGAUCAUCCAGACGGUAGUCCGAGUAGAUUUGGUGAUGACAGCAUGAUAUCUGCCCCAUUCCAAAGUCUUGCACAAACACUUGAACAGCUAAGUCUCGACUAUGAUGGCCUUACCACAUUUCCAGAGGGUAUACAAGAUCUUCGAAAGUUACGAACCCUUAGUUUAGACGGCAAUGAUCUGCAAUUCGUCAGCGACGAGGCUAUCAAGCUAUUAAAAAAUGCUAAUGUGUCCAGUCUCAGUUUGAGAAAUUGCAAUUUAAAGCGCGUUCCUGGUGCUAUUUCAGACUUGACCAAUUUAGUGGAACUGGAUCUCUCCGAGAAUAAAAUUAGGAGUAUUGAAAGUACAGACCUUCAGAAUCUAUUCAAUCUGCAGGUACUCCGACUUAACAUUAACCCGCUGAAAUAUGUAUCUGACAACUCUCUUUGCGGACUUAACAAACUACAGCAAUUCUAUUUAGUCAACACAAGUUUAACUGAAAUAUCCCGGUCUUUCAAGAACUUGCGGCAACUAAAGAAUCUUUACUUGAGUAAGUCGAACAUUGAUUGUACGUGUGAUAUGACCUGGGUUGAAGCCUGGAGUAAAUGUCAACCAGAUGAGAAAAAAGUCGAGAUUGAGGGUCAAUGCGAAACGAUUGACCAGGGAAUUAUGGAUUACGUCAAACGUCGGCUUCCUACAUGUCCAGGUUACCUCGAAGAUAUUAAAAACUUUCAUAGAAUGGGCAGCGUAACAUUCGUUCUGUUUGUACUUGCAUUUGGAUCUUUCCACUCGUCUGCAUUUAUUUUACCAAACAAACCAUGUCCGGCACCAGAACCUUGUCGAUGUCAUCAGAAUGUCAUUGACUGUCGAAAUAAGGCUUUACAGAAAAUUGUGUCGUUUGGAUACAUAAAUGUCGACGCCUUUAACACGCUUGAUUAUGGCGGGAAUCUGCUGACAUCUCUUCCGCCGUCGUCAUUUUCUGAAUUAUCGCUUACUGUACUGUAUCUGGAAAAUAAUAACAUUUCACACAUACAUGAAAUGGCAUUUCAUGGCCAUGAGAAAGAAUUAGUGAUACUUAACCUAGCAAAUAAUAACCUGCAGACACUACCACUUGCGUUAAAUCGUUUAAGAGGUAUCAAAGUACUCGACGUCUACGGAAAUCUAAUAUUUGGAUAUCCUCAGACACCUGUCUCACCUUCCCAGUCGCCCGAAGUCCAAGAUAGUGAAGUUUUGAAUUUCAUCGGGGAUUCUCUUGAACAGUUUUCAUUCGGACAUUCUUCUGCCCUUACACAAUGGCCAGAUUCAUUACGUCAUUUACAACAGUUGAAAGUGCUGAAGAUGAUCGGUUCAAAUAUUCCUCUGAUAUUUCAAGGCAGCUUUAUCGGGUUCACGUACACUUUAAAAAGCCUCACUAUUAAGUACGCACACCUUCAACAAGUCCCUGUUUCCAUAGCAGCAUUAAAACGACUAGAAGAACUUCACUUUGAUCACAAUCAAUUUGAGAAAGGAGAUAAAAUUAUCAUUAACGAAACGUUUAAAGAGAUAAGUUCAAAUCUUAAAGUUUUAAGCCUUGAGUAUAACAAUUUUAAGUAUUUCCCACCUGCAAUUAGAUUUCUCUCAAAUUUACAAAACCUUAGUUUGGAGGGGAAUGCGUUCAUCUAUAUAAGCGAUGAGUCGAUUUUUGAUCUAAUGCAAACCAAAGUAUCAUUUCUCAACUUAAAGAAAUGUGGACUAAAACGAACACCUGGGUCAAUUUCAGAAUUGCAGACAUUGGUUGAGUUAGACUUAUCAUACAAUGAUAUUGUCACAAUAGAACACGGGGAUAUUCAGAAUCUACCAAUUUUAAGGAAUCUUUCCUACAGAGCAAACCCGCUUAAAUAUAUCUCUCGCAGUUCUUUUAAUGGACUGGUGGCCUUGAAAUAUCUCGACCUUUCUGAAACAGGCUUAACCUACGUGUCUGAAGGAAUACAAAAUCUUUAUAACAUUGAAAUACUGGACCUAACUAACACAAGGAUGGACUGCACGUGCGAUAUGUUUUGGGUGAAACGAUGGAUGGAUAUUUUGGAGACUAGUGUAAGGAUCGAUGGUGAUUGUGAGACUAUAGACAGUUUGAUACAGGAAUAUCUGAAUAAAAGAGUUCCUCGUUGUCCUGAUUAUACGUUAACUGGAUAGAGACAAAGAUAGAUUGAACUAAAUUUACAACCUGCCAGCAUCCUCGGGAACUACAUUUUUAGACGCGUAUCCAAGAACUUCACGAAACGAUUCUAGAGGCUGCUUACUAUUUGUUGUACGGGUUGGGGCUGAUGAGUCACAUUUUCGCGUGAAUUUUAAGGCAAAACUUUUAAUCCAGACCUUGAUGUUAUAUUUAAUGCAUAUUCAAAAAUAAACAAGCCAGAUCUCAUAUUGGGCGGGGGAAGGGUCAUAAAAUACCAUCCAACUUCUCAUCUGCAGCCGUGCAUAAUGUGAAUACGACUGUGUGUAAUUUAUAUAUAUAUAAUGUACAUUGUUUUACAUAUGAAUAUAUCAUUUUAAUUCA